AUGAAUAUGAUGCAUAUGGGCGGUCCGAUGAACGGUGGCGGGGGUCCGCCGCCCCCGCAGAUGCUCCAAAUGCACCAUCCGAUGCCCCAUCAUCACCACGUCGCAGUCUUCGCGUCGUCCGCACAAGCUCCGCCCCCACAGGCCACGCCCACACCGCCAGUAGCGUCGAGCAUGAAUCGAUCACAAAGAUUCUUCGAAAACCGUCACAUCCCAGGAGCGAUGUGUGCCAAGAAGCGUUGUAACAAUGCACAGAGCAUCGAGUGUGCUCCACCAGUGAUGGCUCAAUCCGAGUUCAUCGUUCAGCGAGCCCCAAAAAGGAGUUAUGAGCUGAUCACUCCAGUCCAACAACAGGCUCCACCCCCACAGAUGCAUUUCGAUGUGAAACGAGUUCAAUAUAUGACGGGUCCACCACCACAACAACAACAGCAACAACAAAUUCAAAUGCAACAACAAAUGCAAAUUCAACAAAAUCCACAAGUUCAGGUUCAACAGCAGCAGAGACCUAAUUCAAACUCCUCCCAUUCUCAAGGACCAUCUCCACCAAGAAAUGGAAUUGUGUCCCAGCAACAAACACCACCACAACAGAAUGGUGUCCCUCAGCAACCAAAUGGAGUUCAUCAAAUCAAAACUGACGUUGAAAAUUUGGAACAACACCAUCAGCAACAACAGCAACAACAGCAGCAACAGAGGAUGAUGUUCCAACCACAACCAUAUCCAGACAUGAACGGCCACGCCCGAAUGAUGGCUCCACCACCACCACCACCAGUCUCGGCGCCAGCUCCAAUGCCUCUCCCACAGAGUCAAAUGACCCACAUGCCUCAACACGGCCUGGACAUUCCAUAUCUGAUCCCAACAUUUGGCCAAAAUCCCGGAUCCGAUCCAUUUUAUCCAUCGAAAUUCGAGCUGGAUUUCGAGCACAACGGCGAUCCAUUCGUUCCACCGAGUUAUGCUCAGGACAUGAAGGGACAAGUCGUCUUGCAGCAGUUAUAG